ACUGUGAUAUGUACUAAGGGGAAAGGCUCGGUGUACUGAAGGGAAGGAAAAAUACUGUUGUCGUAUUUAUUGAGGAAAAGAAAGAAAUACUGUCGUAUGUACAUUUUUUAAUUGCUAGAAAGAAAAGUGAAAUAUACAUUUAUAUGUAUAGUUUAUUUUUCAUAUCAGUCACAAGUAUGGAUGUUUGUUUCCCUUCUUUUUUUUCACAUGUACAGCUACCUCCUCAAAUAGCAUGUAUUUUCAAAAUUUCAAGCUGCUGUGAUGAUGAAAAAAGCCUGAAAGAAAAAUGACAAGGAACAAAAAGUAAUGAGAAUAAGGUUUUGUGGCAACUAUUCAUUAGAUGUCACUUUUUCACUCCUCCACUUAGACCGGUACAGUUGAACGCAAAAUGUGAAAACUUACGAGAAAUUGUGUGCAUCCCUUAGUGCAGUGACAAUAUCCCCCACAAAAACCAGUGAUAUUUCUUUGACUGGAGGUUAGUUCAAUAAUUUUGAAGGCUGGGAUUAAUUUUAAUGAGGGAUGAGAGGGUGGAAGUGACUGGAGUAUAGAUUAAUAAUUCUACCAGCUGGAAAGGAUUUUGAGGGUCAGAGGAAAGUGAUUGGAUAUUAGCUUGAUAAUCGUGCUUGGUGAGAUUAAUUUUAGUGAGAGACUAGAUGGUGGGAGGAUGAUAUUUAGAGGUUAGUUUGGUAAUUUUGCCAGUUGGUAUUAAUUUUUAGUGAGGGAUGAGGGUGUCAGAAGAAUGUGACUGGAGGUUAGUUUAAUAAUUCUGAGGGUGGGAGGAAAGUAAUAGGGGGUUAGUUUAAUUUUGGUGAUGGAUGAGAGUGUGAGUGGAAAGUGUAGCUGACCACAUAAUUUAUCAAAUAAUACAAGCAUGUACACAUUCUUAAUAAUGUUCCAUGUUAAGAUAUACUAAACAUGAAGUUACUCCACAAUAUAUGAUGGUGUAAAUUACGAAUGGUUAAAGUCAAGACUUGUUUGAUGAUGGCCUGUUUGCUUGCUCCCCUUGGACGUGCGGCAAGUGCAGCAGCGUUCGACCGUUUCUCUAGGGGCAAGCGACACCUCCUGGUGGGGGACUUCAAAUCUGCUGUGGCUGCCUUCGAGGAGGCAACAGAGUCCCUGGUGGAGCUGUGUGGGGAGCAGGGCGCCGAGUGUGGUGACGCGUACUGCCGCUGUGGCCGUGCAUUGCUGGAGCUGGCACACAAGGAGGCAGGGGUGCUGGGGCCAGAUCUGGAUGGUGCCAGUAGUCGUGUGUAUUGCUUGGUUAUUGUGUUAACGUGCUGGAGUGUGCACAGCCGGGAGUGUUUGGGGAAUGAAAAUAAAAGGAGUUAUGGGAUGUUUAAAAAUGCAUCUUUUGAGAGCUGAGUAUACAAGAAAGUUGCUGUGUUUGGGGGAUGAGUAAACAAUGAAGAAAUGUUUUGAGGAACUGGGUGUGCAGAGGCACGAGUGUUUGGAGAAUGAGAAUACAGGAAGACAGGAGUGAUUUAGGAAUAAGUGUACAAGAAAGGAGUGUUUGAGUGACAAUAUAUAAGGAAGAGGUGUUUUGAAAAUGAGAGUACAAGGAAUGAGCAUUUUGGGAGUUAAUAUACAAGGAAGCAAGUAUUUAAGGGACUCAAGUAUACAAGAUUAUUUUCCUGUCAUAUGUCAUUAUACAAUGUUUUUCUUUGUUAUAUACAUCAUUCCCUUUCACUUUUCAUAUCUUGUGUUCUCGUCAUUCUGAUGUAAUGUUACAGAUAGAGAAUGUUUGGUGUCAAAUUUUCACUAAUUUCAUAUGUGUAUAAACUUUCAUUUCAUUGACUUUUUUUUUACUAUUACUACUAUAUUUGCUUGCUUUUUAAACAAGUCUUUUCUUUCAGAGGAGGGAAGCACAGGGGAAGAGGAGGACGAGGAGGAAGAGAGUUAAGAGU